AUGUCCACUCACUUCCUAAUAAUCAUAGCCGAGUCCCAAGACUCACUUUCACAACAAAUCAAUCAAGGUGAAACUACCUUGGAAGACUCACGGUUAGCUGAGGGGUCAAACUUCCCAUAUUGGUCAACUGGGCCCGCAGGGCCCACAACCUCCGAUAUCAAAUCAGAAAGUUCCUAUGGGUUCAACAAAGCCUGCUCAACAAGUCCUGUAAGUUUGGUCUCGAUCGAGCAGUCGGAUCUAAGCCAAUUGAACAAUUGGACGGCAAUCGCUUCGCCUAACCGUGGAAUCAUUGAUUUAGAGCAUCCGGGACUCCGAUUCUCGAUCCGCGAGUUCCUACACGAUCUUAGAGGUACAAAGAAUGACAUAUUUGAAAUGGGGAUCGAUUGA